GUGAAGUGAAAUUGUGAGCUAAUGAGAGAGAUAAUCAGGAUUGCCGUGUAAAUACAGCAAAAAGGAAACAAUGAAAAAUUUUGUAGUUGCAGUAGUUGUGGCAGUUCUCCUCCAAUUGUGUAGUUGUGCUAAUGCGAUCAAUGAUGGCGGCAACGAACCACGUCAAAUAAAUGUAACGAACAACAACAACUUACGCGACUUCCCUGAACCACCACCCAUUCAAAUAACAACUGAUGACGAAUGGUUACCAUGGAAGAGUCCGUUACAUCUUUUAAGCAGUAUACUCGAAGAUGAUGAGGAAAAGAUAUGCCGAGAAGACUCAUCGAUGGAUGAAUUUCCUGACGAUUUGUUUUCACAGGAACAACGUAUGAAUGGUGCCAUCGUGCUUCAUUUCAUCGGUGUAAUUUAUUUCUUCACCUUUACCGGAAUGCUGAUUAACUAUUACUAUCUGCCGUCGGUACAAUGUAUAUGCGAUGCAUUGAAUAUCACACCGGAUGUCGGUGCAGCUGUAUUCAUGUCGACAGCAACUUGUACCCCAGAAUUAUUUACGAAUUUAAUCGGAACGUUCAUUGCUGACUCUGACAUGGGAAUAGGUGCAGUCAUUGGAUCACUCAUGUUUAACAUGUUGGGUGUCUCAGCCGUUGCCAGUUUUGCAACGUCAACGCCAGUGCAAAUGGACUGGGUGCCGAUUACCAGAGACUGUGUAGUAUUUGCUGCAAAUAUCAUCGUCUUGAUAGGAACGACAUGGGACGGAUACAUUCAUUGGUAUGAAGCCCUGAUCAUAAUGAUUUUCGCAAUUCCAUACUACGUGAUUAUGUUCCAAUCGAGGCGCAUCAGUGCAUUUUUGAAGCGAAAAUUCGAAGUUGAAUAUGGAUGUUGUAAUCGUAACAUCAGCGGUGCUUCUGAAACGACCGAUGUCGAGAAGAAGGGCAAGGACAAUGCAGUCUUCAAAUACAGUACAACAACAAUGGACCAGAUACCUACCGUUACGGGAAAGGUAGAGGAAGAGAAAGUUGAUGAGAAGGCUCUGGCUGAAACUGCCCAACGAGAGGCAGAAGAAAAGGAAGCGCACAAUGCGCUGAAACAGCAACGAAAGGGCUUGUGGCCACCACCGAACGACGCAUGGCCGAGAGUUGUAUUCUGGUACUACACUUGGUUGAUAAGACUCGUUCUGCGCUGCACUGUGGUCGAUGUAAAAAAGUAUCCGAAAUGGUUUGCCUUCUCAUUCAUUAUGUCGAUUGUAUGGAUCGGUGUUAUGACUUACUUGAUUUUCUUCAUGCUGAUCAUUAUAAGCUACACAUUUUCCAUACCUGAGUCAGUCAUGGGUGUAACAGUGUUUGCUAUUGGCGGUUGCACUCCGGAGUUAAUAACUGGAUUUAUUACGGCUCGACAAGGCAACAGUAAUGUCGGCGUCUCAAACUCCGUUGGUGCAUCUUCAUUGGCCAUAAUCAUUGCGCUGGGCGUGCCAUGGUUCUUCCGUGCCGUUAUUUCGUCGCCGGGCCACGAGAGACCCUAUGUCGCAUUGCAUACAAACGGAAUGGAAUACAUCAUCCUGUCGCUGCUGUUGCUGACAUUGUGCUUCUAUUUGAUCCUUUACUUCCGACGCUUCAUCCUGACCAAAAUCACCGGAGGUUUGUUGAUACUUACAUACGCCGUUUUUAUCACGAUUGCCGUGUUGAUGGAAGUUGGCGUAUUUUUCGACCUUAUCUGCAUACCGUACUACUAAGAGAGACAUUUUCAUUUUACGUUUACUUUACUAGGGAGGUAUAUUAUAUGCUUGCGGAAGGGAAAUCGUUUUUACCUUCCGCUACUCUUGCGGGAAAAUGUGUUUAACUUCCGCAAGCAUUUAAAAUAGUGAAGGCAACUGGGGGAAAAUCGUUUUUUCUUUCGUGUGAUUGUAACACUUGCCUUCGGCUCGGCUACAAAUUGCAUACUAUUGAGAAAAAAGUGUAUUCCCUACUUGCAUGAAUGCAUAAUCUACUAUUAGUCGUAUGGUUGUCGGAAACAUAUUUUGUCGACUUAAGUUCGGUGGACAAAAAACUUAUAAUAAUUUGUAAUAAAGUAGUUGUUUAGAUGCAGUCACAAAAUGAAUCCCUUCGUUUCUUAAUUUCUUAAAUUAAAAUUAAAAUGAAACAGAAAAAAAUCCUUCGAAAGAUAUUUUAUCGCAAUCACAGAUUAGAUGACUUUUAAUCCAGAAAGCGGCUGAAUUCAAAUAUGAAACAGGUGCAUGGGUUUUUUUUUCUUUAUUUUUAUUUUUGUACUGUUCUGUUUAAACAUUUAAGCUUUUCGCUGAUAUCGCCUAAUCGUCUGUAUAUCUGUGGUUGCGCUUACAGAUUUAAAUAUAUUUUUAAAUUUAAGUUUAUUUAUGGGAUCAUCAAUAACAACGAAAUCAAAUAGUCAAAAUUUGCGUCAAUCGCGUGAAAUCGGGUCCACUUGGUUU